GUGACAGUCAAGGAGUCAAGUGUAGAAAUGGAGCCGUUAGCGGUGGUAUACAACAGCAACUGAGUGCCCAUUGUUUUUCAUUCUACGUCAUUCAUACCCUAGAGGCAGAAUAGUUGCGUCUCCGAGGAGAAAAGUGUGCGUAUUAAAUCUGCGAAGAAGAGCGCAGAAAAAACGAGGUACUGUAUCGCUGCUGGCUGCAGCUCUUCCGGGUCGAUGACGAGGAGGAGGCCGUCUUUCCUGGGGCCGCUGCUUGCUGUCGUUAGCGAUGGCUGGGUCGAGCAGCUCCGAGCGCUCCAGUUGUCUGCCGCCCACUGACUUCCAACUGUCGGUUGAGGAUGCCGAGGACGAUGACGACGACGAGCGGCUUGCCAUCAACCUGCUCAAGUGUCCGCUCUGUCACAACGGGCGCAAGAGCUUCUACUGCAAGCAGUGCGUGCACCGGGGUGACUUUGUGCACUCGUCGUCCGUCUACUCCGAGAGGUACAAGCCCUCUUGUGCCCUUGACACCAGAUUCAUAGAAAAACAGCAGAGGUUCUUGCGAUUAAAAGCAGCACGCAACCAACUGGAAGAAAGAUGUACAAAAGCUCUCGAGAAACAUCGACAACGUGAUAAGCUGAUUUGUGAUAUUAACGCUUGCAAGGAAAGAGUAAAAAUAUUGAAGCAUAUGGAAACUAAAGCAAGACAAAACAUCGCUGAUGGACAACAACAAUUGAAAGUUUUAAAGGAAAUAAAUGCAAAAAUAACUUCAAGAUUACCUAAACAUGAAGUGCAAACAGAAAAGUUGAUAAAGUAUAGUCUUGACAUCAAAUUUAAGUGGCAGCAACAAAGAGAUGCUUUUGAAAAAAAGAAGCAACAAAUAAAGACACAUGCUCGAGAAAUUGCAAAACAGCUGAUUAAAUACAUAUUUCCUUUAAGCAGAGUUGAACCAUCAGAUAGAAGUUCUAACAGUAGUGAAGAGUCAAUUUCAGACAGUACAGAUUUGCUCACUUAUGCUCUGGCUGAUGCUUCAGGAACGUCAUACGUGCGUGGAAAAUGGGUUAACGAUACAGACAACGUAUACAAGUUUUAUAAAAAUAUCGAAAAUAAUUCGCAAGUUAAGUAUCGUAUUGUUCACCCCACUCUACCUGGAUCUGGAGAUUACAGCGCUUAUUCGCGUUGGGAGGCGCGAAACAAAGAUGAACCAAUAAAUAAGGAAAAUAUGAUGCACAAUCCAGCACGUAAUAUUACCGCAGCGCUCGCGUAUGCCACACAACUUGUUAAUAUUCUAGCUUAUUACCUCAAUGUUAGACUUCCAUACAAAAUGAUGUACAAAGAGUUUUACGAUAAUGAUAUGCCAGAUGAUCAGUUUAUUGGAAAAGUAGCAAGACUUAACAGUAAUAUUUUGUAUCUUUGCCUUACACAAAAUACUGAUCCUACGGUCUUACAACCAAGGCAUACGCUGCAAAAUUUAAUGAAUUUGCUUGAUGUUGAAGUUACUGAUUUGGGAAGGACUGGAGCUAUCGAAACUGAUCCGACGAUAGUUGCGCACUUGUUCAAUGAUUUAGCUCCAGACUUGGAAAAAUAUUGCAGCGCAUCCUCUCCAGAUGAAGAUGAUGAUCUUGACAUUGGUUGGGAGGCAGUUCCACAUGUAGAUUGUCCUGAAGUAACCAUACCUAUUCCACGAGCUGCAAUGUCUAGGCAGCACAGCUCAAACAUCCAAGUAAAUCAAAGCGUAGCAGGAGGCUUAGUGACUAGUGCAGCGGCCAGUAUUGUUUCGAUGUGGAGAGGUUGGACCAACAAAUAGGUUGAAUUUGAGCUUUUCACACCAUUUUACGACAAGCAGAUAGAACUGUACAAUUUUUGGUGAAAUGAGUAUAUAUGGACAUGAUUUUUUAAGUUUAAAGAAUUUUUUUACUGAUGGUUAGUUUCAUUUUGUAAGUAGGUACUAGAUUUUAAAUGAUAUACUAGAUUUCAAGAAUUCACUAGAACCAUCUAACAAGUAACUGAAUGUUGAUCUGUUUUUAUUUAUUUUUCUUAAGAUAUUUGUAAGAUUUUGUAUAAUUUACUUUUUUCAUGUUAUAAUUUACGACAUUUGACAAUACACCAAAAGAUCAAUUGGUCUCAUUAGGUUAUCAGAAACGUUCAAGUGUCAUAAGCGAAAAUUAAAGUUCAAUUCUAGAAUAAGACAAAUCUUACGUUACAAAACUUCGUCGAUACAAAGUAAGAUUUUACAACAUAAGUUAUCGUGCGUCUUUUUUCAUAAAUGAUGGUUGCGUAAAAUUGUGCAAAAGUUUUUGUUUUAUAAAAUAAAAGUAACGAGAAAAAUAACUUUGCGUACUUUUACGAACGUCCAAAAUUUGAGUAUAAAAAAUGGCUGUUGACUGAUUAGUGAAAAAGAACGAAUAUUUGUAUAGGAAUUACAGUUAUCAACAUUUACGGGAAGAUGAAAUUGAUAUUUUUGUACAGCUCUGCAAAGGCUUGACUUGUUUAAUGUAUAAAGUUUAAUUAACUCAAAAAUUUUGUCAGUUUUGACUAAUAUGAUAUAUUAAAAAAUCACGUAGAUCAGGAAUGUGAUAUGAAGUGUGAAAGUCUCUUAACUAAGAGAUAACCAAUUUGUCAUAAUUUUAAUAAUAUUAGUAAAUUUAAUAAUAUAAUCAUAUAUAUGUAAGAAUGAUAAUGAAUUACAACUAUAGAAACACUAAGUAUAAAAUUAAUGUUUUCAGGUGUAAUUGUCUGAUGUGAGUGAGAUAAAAAUAUGUGCCAGGAUAACGGCUUGCGAUAAUGAUUUUUGAAGAAUAAGUGUCCACAAAUGGGCACCAACUGGAGAUGUUUAAAGUACAAAUGUUUAUAGCAAAAUUUCAGAAAAAAAGUACGAAAAAAAUUUCUGUGGUAUAGAUACGUUAUUUAUGUCUCAUUACUAUACACUUCGCAAAUCUUGUUAUCUUUCACGUAUUUUGUAAGUACAGGAUUCGUUAUGAAAUAGGCUCAUGAACAUUGUAUAAAAAUAUGAAAAAUAGAACUGAUUAUUAUUAUUAUUAUUAUUAUAUGAACAGAUAUCAGCACAAUUUAUUAUGAUCAACUCGUAAAAGCCAUUGUGAAUGUGUCAUUCAUUCAUAUCAACAGUCUAAUUAUAUAUACAUCUAGAUUAAGAUACAAGUUUGUAAAUACAUAAUAUACAUUUUUUAAGUGAUUAAAAAAAUUAUGUAACAAAAAUUUUAAUUAAUAUUGUUUGGUUGAUUUCAGAAAAUUAACGAGAUGUAUAUACUACAUAGCAUGUAAGAUGGCUAUGAUUCAUUUAAACAAAUAUUGAAUGUGAAAUAUCUGACAAAAUGGAACAAAAGUUUUUUUUAAAUACUAGGUUACUAAGUGUGGUAAUAAAACAUU